UUGUGACCUAAUUUUCUUGUGACACAAAUUUUGGAGCCCGGCGAAUGACCGGGUCAAUCUAAUGAAGUUGGGGCGAAAGAUAAAUAAAUCAGAAACCGUGUCCCAAUCGCUGGCCCGGCAUUAAAACUUACCCACCGUGUGUACACUUCCCUUAGGCCGUACGACGAGUGAACAACAAACAGGAAGGCAGCAAAGUUGGUGGAAAAUCUACUGCGCGACCGGAAAAACAGUGUGGCAAGCGUAGCCGAAAUACCGACGGACAUUGGGGGGCGCGCGCGCUCACUCCGUGGAUAGUAAAUAAAAGUUUCACAUUACCCAAGGGCAGGGAAGUCCGAAGGGACAGACCUCCCCGCCGCACAUCGCGAUUCUGUGAGGAUCGCGCGCCCGGCGCUACCCUAUGCCAUGCGGACGGCGACGAUGAUGAUGUUUUAUUGAUGUGUGUUAUUUUGGGAACCGCCGCCAUCGGGACGUGAAUUUAAUCAUCGAGAGCGCGCGCCGAAAGAAGGAGCAUCAUUUUCCACCUUCUCGAACUCCGGGUGCCGUGUGUGUGUGUCGUCAUCAGCUGCUGAUAUGAAAUACGGCCGAUAGGGCGAGAAAAAUCGACCGACAGCUGAACCGAUGAAUUGGCCUUCGAUGAGAUCACGGUGACACCAAGGAAGGAGUCCAAGGAGCAUCGCGAUUCCGGUCGACCGAGAGGAGGAGGUCACCGACGGAGUGAUCAUCUGGUGUACGGCAUAACAAUAAACCUAUCAGAGUGUGUAAACACAGCCGCUGGUGUGUGUGUGUCGUUAAUGAACGGCCGUUGGUGAUAAAGUAAACACAUCUCGGUCGUCGGAAAACGGUCCAAUAGUGCGUCCUAGUUGUGGUCCCCAAUAUUUGACAGCCUGCGGAUUAGCCUGUGUGGCGGCGGCGACCCUCUCUCUAUCGGUCGGCUCGGAUCCCUCGGUGACAUUUACGACAGCUGCACAGCACCCCGCACAGGACCCCGACGCCCGGUGGUGUGUCCGGACCGGAGCCGGCUAAUCGGACAGUGUUAACCGUGUCAACAGUGUGUCGGCCCGCGGCGGUGACCGUCUGAGCGCGAUGGAUAAGCAGCGGCGGGGACUUAUUUUUAAAACCGGAUUAGUACUCCUUUUCCUGCAAGUCGCUAGCAGUCUCGAAAUUACCAACCUUCGGGUGCCCAGCUCUUACACCAUAGCGAGGGCCGAAAAGCAGGAGAAAGACCUCGUCCUCGGUUGCGACUACGAUAUCGACGAGAACGACUCGAAAGGAUUCGUGCUCAAAUGGAAACACAACGAUCUGCAAAUCUACCAAUGGAUCCCGUCGCGGAAUCCGGUCGUAUUUAGCUCAUUCCGGGGGCAUCUCGAUACCGACUACUCCGAGUCGGAGGAUCGGCUUCACAAACACAGUGCCUUAAAGUUUAUCACGCCGAUGGCCAACCAUACGGGCAACUACACGUGCCAGGUGUCGACCUACCAACGGAUGGCCACCAAAACGGCCCACCUGCAGAUCAUCGUACCGGAGACGGAUUUUUCGCUCGGGUUUCAGCGCGAAACGAACGGCAGCACGUUGGUUUUCUGCAACGUCGGUGAAAUCUAUCCGCUGCCGGACGUGUCUUUGGUGAUCGACGACGAGAAAGUGACGGAUGUGGUGGUAAGCGAGCAAGUGCAAGACUUCACGGGCUACUACAACGUGAGCGUGCAGCACAUCCUGGCGGACCAGAACAAGGACAUGCAGAUCGACUGCGAAGUGACGAUACCGGCGACGGAGUACCGGCUGCACACCAGCAUGCCUUAUCUGGGUUCCGGCCUCCAGCUGACUGGGGCCACUCUGCCGAUGGUGCUGUGUACGCUCGUCACGACGGUCGUAGCGAGGAUGCUGUGCGCGUUCUAGACGGCCCAAUGCUGGGCUCUGAUUGGAAUCUCUCCCCGUCAUGUGUCAAUCCGCUUGUAGUUGUUUUGUUUACCGCUCUCUGUUAAGCAGCAGGGCCGCAUUACUCGAUCUUCGUGGCCUUCCGCGAGCAGGAUCAAACUGACCAUUCGACCCAGCCUCCGUCGGGGGGUUGUAUUCUGUUGUAAAUAAUUGUUUGUUUAAUGCUUUGAAUGCGCUUCUUUGCACCACCCCGUUCAGCGUCCGCGUCCGUGUGGUCAUUUCGUGUUACGAAAUUCGGUGUGCCUUGGCUAGUUGCUUCGAGAUAGUUGAGGAUGAGCUAAAAGAGCGAGAUGGAAAACAAACAAAUGUUUAAAGUAAUGUUUUUAAAUGUUUAAAUUAUUAACCUACCGCAAUCGGAUACGUUCGAGUGAUGAUCUGUGACGGCAAUCGGCACACGAGAAGUUAGUCAGCCAAACUGUAGCCGCGUUGGAGCCACCGGAGCCACGUAGUAAAUAUGUAACGUCAUGUAACGGAAGCGAGUGAUUGUUGAAUGUGUUUAUCGAACGCUCGUUAGGAUAAGGGCGAUCGCGAUCAUUCGGGGUUGUUUAACACAUGUUGCCGAAUAAACUAAUUUACAAAAUCGUCAGAGGAUCGUGUGAUAUGUAAAACAACUCUCGCUGCCUUAAGUGGAACAUAGUUUAAUGCUUUUAUUCGGGUGUUAAAUAAUGGCAAAUGGAUACGGCCAUCUGCACUCGGUUUGUCGGAUCAUUUGUAGUGUGUACGAACUGAACUCUAGAACAAUUCGGUUUUGUUUGUCCAUUUCCACAGCUUCAAAGGUUAGGGAGCAUGUAGACAGAGAGAGAGAUAGUCAGAGAUAGAGAGUGUAACGUCGAGAGAGACUGAGUGAAUGGUAGAGCAAAAAGGCACAGAAAUGUUUCCACUACGUUGGAAAGAAGAACAAAACAAACACUUAACAAGAAAGAGCCGCGAAUGACGACGUGCAGAACGACAGGUUGGCACGUUGGUUAAAUACGAACAGUAAAGAGACUCAAAGUACUGGGCAAGCCAUCAGCCGCCUUUAGGCACCGGGCCGGGCCGUAUUCAGUAUCGCACCGGCGACCAGCAGCCCGUGGUUUCGUCCCGCCGAAAGUAGUGUGGAUUGUUGUUGCGGAACACGGUCACCGCCGGGAAUUGGUUAUCUUGAAUGUAUCUAAGCGUGGCACGGACCUAGCACGGGAUGAAACAGGAAACAAAUGAGAUCCAGCCCUCGAUCGAAGCUCGAAGUGUGUACUUACUUGCAUGGCAAAGUGUGGCGGUUCCACAUCCGGACUGGUGGAGAGAUGCUUCAAAAUAAACUCGUCGCUUUGCGCCAGCCACAGGUCGACGCCGCGCAACGGGUCAUAGUUGAACGGUCCAAUCCGCAGCAUGCCGACC